AUGGCUCCUGCCUUUUACAAUCACACAAAUUCCAAGGAUGUGUGGUAUGUCCUGACUGGAAUUCCAGGACUGGAAGACUUGCAUGCCUGGAUCUCCAUCCCUAUCUGUUCUAUGUACAUUGUGGCUGUUGUGGGCAAUAUCUUCCUGAUCUUCCUGAUCGUGACUGAGCUCAGUCUCCAUGAGCCCAUGCAUCUCUUCCUUUCCAUGCUUGCCUCUGCAGAUGUCCUUCUCUCCACAGCCACAGCCCCCAAGAUGCUGGCCAUCUUCUGGUUCCGUUUCACGAGUAUAUCCUUUGAUAGCUGUGUGUCUCAGAUGUUCUUCAUUCAUUUCAUCUUUGUGGCAGAAUCUGCUAUUCUCCUGGCCAUGGCAUUCGACCGCUAUGUGGCCAUCUGUCAUCCACUGAGAUAUACCACCAUCCUCACCACCUCGGUCAUUUGGAAGACUGGCAUAGCAGCUGUGGUCAGGAGCUUUUUCAUUUGCUGUCCAUUCAUCUUCCUGGUACACCGACUUACAUAUUGUGGAAGAAACAUCAUUCCCCAUUCCUACUGUGAGCACAUGGGCAUUGCCAGAUUGGCAUGUGACAAUAUCAGUGUAAACAUCAUUUAUGGCCUAACAGUGGCCCUUCUCUCUACAGGAUUGGACAUAGCAUUCAUCAUUAUAUCCUACACAAUGAUCCUUUUCACAGUGUUUCAGAUUCCUUCCUGGGCUGCCAGAUUCAAGGCCCUCAACACAUGCGGCUCCCACAUCUGUGUCAUGCUUCUGUUCUACACCCCAGCAUUCUUUUCAUUUUUUGCCCACCGCUUUGGAGGUAAAACUGUCCCUCUCCACAUCCACAUCCUAGUGGCCAACCUCUAUGUGGUGGUGCCCCCUAUGCUCAACCCCAUUAUUUAUGGGGUAAAGACCAAACAAAUUCAAGAUCGAAUGAUUUUGCUCUUCUCCUCCAUCCGUGUCUGUUGCUAA